GUCCAAGUUGACUCUGCCACCAUCUCCCGGCAGGACGAAGUUCCCCCGCCGCCAGUGGCCUCACAGCAACAGAGGCGCAGCCUCGAGGAGAAGUGUCCAGCAGGAUUUCAUAGAUCAGAACAUACUGGAGCCUGUAACGCAUGCACAAAGGGUGUGGAUUACACCAAUGCUUCCAACAAUGAACCUUCUUGCCUCCCAUGUGCAGUUUGUAAAUCAGGGAAGUUCAUGGACAGUAAUUGUACGCGCUGGAGUGACAUCAGCUGCACUGCACCAGCUGCCAGUUCCACUGAGAAAACCGUGGCGGCGGAGGACACAGUGACCACCAGCCUGGGGACUCCUGCCUCUCCCGGUUUUGUCCUAACCAUCUUUGAGUGGAUCUUCAUCGUUGCAGGGGUCUUAGUCAUCAUUGUGCUUAUGGCUUUUUGCAUUUCAUGUUGGAAGAAACUCAUUUCUUCACUGAAAGGCAUCUGCUCAGGUGGUGGAGGGGACCCCGAACGUGUGCACAGGGUAAGUUGGUUUCUCCAGAAAGUGGGGGCUUCAUGGGUUCAGGAACUGCUUCCCAUCCACUGGCGAGCCCGGGUGGACACAAUUCCUUGUCCUCAUAGCUGCCCUGACUCUGACGAGGCCUGGGAGGACAAUGCCCACAAAGAGACCCUGAGUACCAGAUUCUUGCAUCCAACCCAGGUCUCUGAGCAGGAAAUCGAAGGUCAGGAGCCAACAGAGCCAACAGAUGUGACUGUACAGUCGCCAGAGGAGCCUGGUGAGUCUGCUG